AUGUCAACGGCUACUGCGACUAACUCAAUUCCUACUAAUGAUUCAUCGUUAAUAUCAACUGACCCAUUGUUAAAUUACGAGUCCAGAUACGACAAUCACCUAUCCUCAUGUUCUUCAUCAUCGGAGUCACCAUCGUCAUUGUUGAUAAACUUUUCCGAAGCUGAGACCUCAGCUUCAUCGACUGCAACAAAAGAUUCAUCUGUCAAAGUUCCAUAUCCAGUGUUAUCUGAUCAUCGUGAUCCGAAAUUGAUACUUCCUCUCUUACAAAAAGAAACUCAAACUGCGUCGAAGAAGAUUCUCGAUGUGACACAGUUAGUGGAAAACUAUGAAAAGAAACUGAUGUCGAAUCAUCUCUCCGAGAAAGAUCGAAAGUCAUUCAAAUUCGAAUGUAUUCGACGUAAACAACAACUGGAUGCGUUGAAGAAACACGAACGUCGAGUGAAUCUACAAAUUGAUUACAUUACCAUGAAAACGGAAAUCAGAUGCUUAGAAGAGAAAUUGUCGUUGGUCGAAGGUGAAGUUAAUUCAGCUGAAAAGAAACAAAUCGAAAGUUUGGCGAAAAAGUUGAAACAAAAAUUAGAUCAAAUGAAGAUUUAUAUGAGAAAAAGAAACGAAGAAAUGAAGAAAACUCUCGAUGAAAGGCAAACAGCAUCCCCCAUCAACGAUGAUCACAAACAAUCAACAUCUGAUCACAAGGCACAGCAUCGAAUGAAUUCAUCAGAUUUGAAUCGUAAGCGUUCAUUGUCAUUGACGAACAAUUCGCAUUCGAACAAGCAUCUCAAAUCAACAACAUCCCAUCAUUCAAAACCACCUAUUGUUCGUCUAGCAUCGCGCCUUUCAAAUCAACAAACGAAAUUUCAACAGAUUCAAACACCGACAGUCAGGUUUCUGAACAAAACAACCGAUUCAAGCGGUACCGCUGGAAAUUCGGUUUCGCCGACAACACCAGCAUCAUCUUCAUCGACGUUAUCUUCUCCAUUAACGGCCACAACGAGCGCUGAUGAUGGUACAAAUAAACCUUCAGCAUCGCUACAAGGGGAUGCCCUAGAUUCCAUUGAAGAUGAUGGCGAACUUGAUGUUGAGUUCGAUGUGGAUGAGUUAUUCAAUGAUGAUACGCCACUAGAUGAGGCCAACAAAUAA